UUUCCGUCUCUUUGACCUUUAAAUGUUGAACAUGCUUUUCGUAUGUCAUUAGUGACAUUCAGCAACUGUUCUGAAAGUUGUCGUUGUAAUAUUUGUUACUUUAACAUUAUCUUGGAUUUUAUUGGAGCUCAGUUCUUACCGGUAUAGUUUUUUUUUUUUUUAAUCGUAUCUUAAAAAAACUGUAAACGAACUGGUGCAUGUAUGGUUGUAGGUUUUAGAAAUACGUAGGUGCUGUGCUCGUCUAGUGAUGUCAGUGCACUGCAGGUCUGUCCUUUUCUCCAUUCUCACCCGAAACGUCAGGGGGAAACUGCAUUCUUCGAGGAACACAUCAUGGUCUGAUAAUUCUAAUGCCCGAUUUGCUUACUGUCACUUUGGAAACCAAAGUGGACCUCGUGUUUACCAACAUGGGUCACCUGCUCAGCAUGCAAGGAAAUCCGUGAUACAGUCCCGCUGUUUCAGCCAGACUGGUUUUCCUUUUAAAGAAGAUGAAUAUCCUCCUCUUCCUGACUAUGAUGACAAAGCAGAAGCUGGAGCUAAGGAAGUGUUUAUUAUCCGAGCAAGAGGUCUUCCCUGGUCUUGUACAGUAGAGGAUGUGCAGAACUUCUUCUCAGACUGCAGAAUUCGAGAUGGUGCUGAUGGAAUACACCUAACACUGAACAGAGAUGGAAAGCCAAGUGGAGAAGCAUUUAUUGAGCUGGAUUAUGAGGAGGAUGUCCAAAAAGCUUUAGAAAAGCACAGGCAGUAUCUGGGUCCGCGUUACGUGGAAGUGUAUGAAGUGACAAACAGUGAAGCAGAGACGUUUCUGAAGCAGUCUGUGGAUUCUCCUGUGAACGAUGGAGUUGUGCGUCUCAGAGGACUCCCUUUUAGUUGUACUGAAACAGAUGUCAUUCACUUUUUUGAAGGUCUGGAUGUUACAGCAAAUGGAGUUACAUUAGUUACAGAUCGCAGAGGGAGAAAUACAGGGGUUGCUUUUGUAGAGUUUUCUUCACCAGAAAUGGCAGAUCAAGCUUUACUGAAGCACAGAGAAACAAUGGGCAGCAGGUAUAUUGAAGUGUUCCCAAGCAGUAAGAUUGAGAUCCAAACCCCCAGUGGCCCACAGAAAAAGAAAAUGGAGGCUCGUCCAUCAGCACAGGAUACUUUCUCCAGUAACGCAUCCAGAAGGUUUCAAGAUAUCAGGGAUGCACCCCCAGACUAUAAAAGCAGCGGUGGUCCAAUGUCUGAAUCAAAUAUAAAUCCCAAAACCAGUCUGUCUGUUCACAACAUACAUAUGAGAGGUUUGCCGUUUGAAGUUACUGGACUAGAUAUUGUAAACUUUUUCUCUCCACUGAAGCCUGACAGAAUUCACAUUGAGUUUGGCCCUGAUGGGAAAGCCACCGGUGAAGCAGAUGUGUAUUUUACCGCUCAUGAAGAUGCAGUGUCAGCAAUGUCCAAAGACAGAUCACACAUUCAACAAAGGUAUAUAGAACUGUUCCUGAAUUCUGGAUCAUAAAACCAGUGAAGAUGAGUCCAGGUGUGUCCAGGAGUCGGGGACAAUAUCUGAGAAGACAGCAAUGUUCCUGGACAUAAUACCUGCUUAUAAAAAUAAGUAAAAACAUAGACGUCUUCUAAUGUAUAGCAGCUUCAAAACUACUGUAUUUAUUACUGCUGCCUUUUUCAACAUAAUGACCCCCCAACAAAGCUGUAAUUGAUAUGCUUGUGUUACAGAGAACCAUUUGGCCAGAUAAUAGAGUUAGGGUUAGGAUGUAAAUUUACUGAGCUUGAGACACAGAACAUUAAAAUACUGUCACCUUU